AUGUCUACACCCGGUCGAGAUCGCGCUAACCGUCCACUCUCACGCAGAUGUGUCAAUUGUUCUCUGAGUUUGGCGCCUAAUCUUCGAAGACGACCAAUUGAAGAAUUAGACGAACAAUUGCUAAUUAUUCUACGAUCUUGGAUAACGCCUACAAUCGUAUCCUCUGAUGACAUUCUAUGUAUUGAAUGUUUAGUGCUAUUACAAGAGCGCGGGCUAACAAACACAACUCCAUCUCAAGUAGAGGUAUCUCCUGCUCUUGGACAUCUAAACGUAUGUUUUGGAUGUGGAAUCUCAAUUGCAAGUCGAAGAACUCACCAAGUUUCUCAAGACAGUCCUCAAAGGACCUUUAUCUUAAGAUGGACUCCAGCUCAUCAUAUGGUAAUCAAUCUUAUUUUUUAGGUCAGACAU